AUUAUUGUGAAUUGUCGUUUGUAAUAUUUUUCUGUGCAUUUGCACAGACUUCUAUUUUUUACAGAGAUUAAUUAUAAUUUUUAAUGAUAAAACUUAAAUAAUAACACAAUAGCAUUAGUAAAUUUUAUUUUACUACAUAAAAUUUAAGAAAAACUAAAGAAGUUAAUAAUAAACAGUUGGAAAUAACAUGAUGGACCAUAGAGAUUUACAUGCUCCUGUCGACUUUAACAAGUCUAUGGAGGAAAUGACGCCCGAAGAAAAAAUGAGAUAUGAACAUCAGAUGAGACAUGAAAAACAUAAAGGCCAUGAAGCUAUGCACUCAGAAAUGGUUCUUAUAUUGUUUGCUACUCUCAUAGUGGCUCAAAUCGCUUUAGUGCAAUGGAAGAAAAGACACUACAGAUCGUAUUCGGCCGUAACACUUUUAGCAAUGUGGACUAUACCUUUAGGCAUAUCGUUUUUUUAUGGCUUUGUGCGUUUCAUUAUAAUAUGGUCUGUGUUUUCCAUUGUAACAGCUAUCGUUAUAAGACGAGCUAUUAGUAAACCUAUUCAAGGAACAACACCAAGGCUCGUUUAUAAAUGGUUUUAUUUUAUCUACAAACUUAGCUACGGGCUUGGUAUAAUUGGUUAUUUAAUAAUGAUGGCCACAUUUUUGGGUUUUAAUUUUAUAUUUAAUCAACUUCCAAAUGUCUGGAUGGAUGUCGGCUUGAUGUUUGUAUUUUAUGGUCUUUAUAUUGGAGUUUUGGGUAGAGACAUAUCAGAAAUUUGCUCAGAAAAAAUGGCGGCAUUAAUUGGCUACUAUACGCCCCAAGGAAUUCCUACCAGACAUUUAGAGGAUAAUGUGUGUGCGGUUUGUGGAAAUCUACUGUUAGUUAGUGAAAAAGAAGAAGGUAUCAUUGAAAAUACCUAUAAACUAUCUUGUAAUCAUGUAUUUCAUGAAUUCUGCAUACGUGGUUGGUGCAUUGUGGGAAAGAAACAAACCUGCCCCUAUUGCAAGGAAAAAGUUGAUCUUAAAAAAAUGUUUUGUAAUCCUUGGGAACGACCUCAUGUUCUCUAUGGCCGUUUAUUGGAUUGGAUACGUUUCUUGGUGGCCUGGCAGCCAUUAAUAUUUUUUAUUGUUCAGGGUAUUAAUUGGGUAUUGGGAUUAGAAUAAUAAUUAAUUACCUCAAAUUCUAGUCAAAUUAGAUUUAUGUCAUUUAUAUUGCCUAUAUUAAGUUACAUUAUUCUCUUCUGUUUUCAAUUGCCUUUUUCACCUAAGCACUCAAAUUUAUAUGUUUUCUAAAAUGACCAACGAAAUAUUUAUUUUAUAAAGUAAUAUUUAUCUAUAUUUUUAAUAUUUUAAUUUAUUUUACUAAUGAGAAGACUGAAAACUAAAAUUAAGUUUUUAGUCGUAUCAUAGUAAACAAUUCCUAAUUAAACCAAAAUAAAUCCUCAGUUUUAAGUUCUAUCUAUAUCUUCUACACACUUUUUAUUGAUUGUUUAUUACAUUAAAGUAUGAAACAAAAAUUGGUUAAUAAAAUGGAAAUGCCUUUUAAA